AUGGCGUCUAUUCGGUACCGCGCGGCCCCAGUGCUCCAGGCGGCAGCGAGAUCUGACGAGGUGGCUCGGGCGGAUCCGACGAGGUGGCUCGGUGCUGAACGGAUCCAGGAUGAAGAACUUGCACAACAUCAAGUGUCUAUGUUACUGUUUCUUGCUCUUGCUUGUGGCAUAGCGGUGUUUGGUACUCAAGUAUUGAUGCCUUUUACUGGAUCUGGGAAUAAUGAACUUAUUUCUUCGGCCAAUACAUAUGCACAGGUUAAGCAGCAGGCAUCAAAAUCGGUUAGGAAGGCAUCAAAAUUGCCUGAAGGUGUUUCAGCAGGGGGAGAGAAGAGCUAG